UGAUUAAAAUGUAUAAUUAAUUAAAUAUUCAAAUCGGGGUAGUAAAAUUUAUUACAUUUCGUAAUAGGUUAAUUAAUCAUAUUUUUUCUGAGUUUUGAACCAAAUAAUAUGUACUUUUAUAUUUUUCAUCUAGAGUGCAUUGUGCGGUCUACUACUACUACAACAAUGAAACUUAUAACAAAGAACAUUCUUUAUUUUUGUUUGAAUUGUACAAGCAAAAAUUAUUCGUUUACUGUUGGUGAGUUUUUGUCUCAAGCCCCAGUAUGUUUUGUUGUCGCAUGGUCUGUUUAAUGUCAUAAAAAACUACGAUAUGCUGUAUCACACCUAUGUCAUUAAUCAUUGUCAUUUUGGUUUCACCCACUUUUAUCUUUGACGUUUGCUAUGUUCAAAAAACUUUAGGAAAAGGGAAAGUUCAGUAUUUAAAGAAUAAUAUGUAUAUGAGUAAGAGUAUUUGAGUAAAUAAGAGUAUUUGACUUGCUAAAAAUAGGUAAAAUAAGAAACUGUUUAAAAUAUAUUUAAACAAGUCAUAAAAACCUAGUUUCAAGAUGAUGAACCAAUAUUUGAAAGAACUUGAAGCGGACCCAUUUGAUCCAGAUGAAUUUGUGGAGAGAAUGGUUAGACGUAGUAUGCAAGAGUGCCGUCUUAAAGAUGAUCAAUUUGAUCCAUUAAUGAUUCAUGAUAUUUUCACACAAGCUAUACAAGACCUGAAGGUCCUCCAAGAAAGGCAAGAAAGGAAAUGUGCAAGAUUAGAGCAGGGUGUACAAGAGGAAGAAAAAACCUAUUUGGCCAAACUAGCUGAGAUCAUGGAUCAACAUACACAUUGUGUCUCGGUAUUCAGUGCCCUUGAUGAACGAAUGUCCAGGUGUGGAGGUAGAGCUUUAGAUGUUGGUGAGAAGUUGGGUGCUGCCAGGGCACCAAGGGCUCGGGCAGCUGCAGCGAGAGACUUGUUGUCACAUUUGGCCAACUUUCUUAGCCCAGGACCAGUACUCAGUGAUCUGUUUAGUGAUUCUAACAGGUUAAAUGAAGCUGCAGAUGUCAUUCAAAAGUUAUAUACAAUAGCCCAAGAACUGCCACCGGAUAAAUUUGAAGUUGCCAGAAAGAAAAUUGAAGCAAAAUACGAUGAGAUUGAACGGAAUCUGAUCGAGGACUUUGUCAAAGCUCAACACCAGGGUAACAUGACCAAAAUGAAGGAAAUAGCCAACAUCAUGACCAACUUCAAGGGCUAUUCUCAGUGUGUGGAUGCUUAUAUAGAGACCAGCCAAAUGAACACCCUGACGGGUAAAGAUAUAUUUUCUUCAGUGUUGCCCCUUUGCAAAAAGAAUAACUCUAUAAUAAACAACGUUUUCCCGAAUCCCGAGCAAGUGAUGAGCAAGUUCGUAUUGAACAUCUUCCAUCUGAAGCUGCAGAAGUACAUUCAGACGAAACUUGCCGAUAAGAACGACCUCGAAAAGUACCUACGAAACCUGUACGACGUCUACACCAGCACGCAGCGAGUGUGCGACGAGCUGGUGGCGGCGAGGCUGGUGUCGGCCGAGGGCGACGAGGCGACGGGUGAGCUGCGGCGGGAGGCUCUGGUGAACGGGGCCAUGGCCGCCGGCGCAGACGGCUACGGCGCUCUCGAGCUCCGGCGGCUCAAGGCCGCGCUGGCCGCCGCGCUCCACGACUACUACGCCGACAAGCGACACGUCAAGAGGCAGCCGCAAGGCGGAGGUUUCCAGGAGCUGCGUCGGGACCUGCAGGCGGCGCUCGGAGGGCGCGCCCCCAUCACCAUCGCCCACAUCGAGGACUACGGGGGCGAGACCUUUCUUUGCCGCAAGCUGGCCGAGAACGUGCUCGCCUCCGCCCGGACCUCCUUCCUCAGGUGUCGGACUCUCUGUUCCGGCGCGGAGCUGGACAACUGCGCGCUGUCUCUCCUGGAAGUGCUGAUUCAGCAUCUGCUGGUGGAGCACGUGGACUACGCCUUGGACCUGGGAGUGCACUCCAUCCCCAUCGCAGAGGGAAAGACCCCACCCCAAAUAUAUUUUUUCGACAUCGUCCACGAGACAAACCAAAUAGUGAAGAUGUUCGGCGAGAGCUUCCAAGAGUGCGUGCUCCCUUGUGUGAGUUCGGCGGGCAAACGGACCGACUGCGUCCAGCGCAAGAAGGCCGUCGUCGAGCAGCUGGAGAUGAAGCUCGACGCGGGCCUCGAGAGGGCCAUCUCGGCCGCCGUGGGAUGGGUCAGGAUGCACCUGCAGACUGAGCAGAGGAAGAGCGACUUCAAGCCCGAGGGAGACGUGGACACGCUGGCCUCGCCGGCGUGCCUGGGCGUGGUGGCGUUCGUGGCGGGUCUCACGGAGCGCGUGUCGCGGACCCUGGACGGGGCCAACCGGGCCGCGGUGGCCGCCGAGCUGGCCGUGCGCCUCCACCGCGUCAUCUACGAUCACCUGCACAACUACCAAUUCAACUCCGCAGGUGCGAUGAUCGCGAUCUGCGACGUGAAGGAGUACAGGUCGGCCGUGUGCGGGCGCGGGGGCACCGGCGCGCCCGACCCCGCGCCCGCUCUCUUCGACGCCUUGCACGCGCUCUGCAACCUGCUGCUCGUCAAGCCCGAGAACCUGCACCAAGUGUGCGAGGGAGAGACUCUGGCGGAGCUGGAUCGUUCGGUGCUGCUCAACUUCAUUCAACUCCGUGCCGACUACAAGAGCCACAAGUUGGCGACGUUCCUCAAGGGACUAUCUUAGUUUAAUUUUUUUUUUGAACGCUCUUCCAUUGUUAUAUCCAGUCAUUAAACCAUUAAUA